AAGAGCUUCCAAAAAAGGUUCUUUUAUUGGAAUCAAAGAAACAAUCAAACCUCUCAAUUGGUUCCUCCUCAGGCCACAAAUAUAAAUUCACCUUACAUGUCUUCUUUCUCCUUAAAAAAAACUCCAUGGCGCUUUCAGGCGUUGCUAUAACACAGCAACCCCUGUGGUCAAAAGGGGUGGGAAAUUGCCAUUGUCGCCUUUUGCCAUUCCCAGCCGUGAAACUUCACGGCGUGGAGAAAAAGCGACUUUUUCCCACAGGAAAAGGGAUAACGAAGAAAAAACCUUUGCACUUAGUGGUUAAAUCAGCAAUUGGUGGUUCUUAUACAGGCAGCACCGGUUCAGAUUAUGAAUCGCAGAAGAUUGUCAAGGAGUUGUACUCCAGCAUCAACAAAAAGGACAUGAAGAGCCUUGAAACACUCUUGUCUAAAGAUUGUUUCAUUGAUGACUUAUCCUUCCCUAUGCCAUUCCAAGGGAAGAAGGAGGCUUUGGGUUUUCUUGAGGAGUUGAUCACAUCUAUGGGUCAGAACACAGAAUUCAUCAUAGAACAUGUUUGUGGAGGUGUUGACCAAACAGUCGCUGUCAAGUGGCAUUUAGAAUGGAAGAAGAUGCAGAUUCCUUUUACUAGAGGUUGCAGCUACUAUGAACACUCAAGAGAAGGAGAAAAACUAGUCAUCAAGAAAGCUCAAGUUAUGAUUGAAUCACCAUUUAAACCAGGAGGCCUCUCACUGGCCAUGUUGAAGGGCACAAAUGCAGUUUUUGAUGCAUUUCCAGGAGCCACUGAGAGGUUCCUAAAUAGCCCCUCCGCUAUGUUUGAAAUGUUAGUAUACAUAUACAAGAUUGUUUUAAGUCCUAUGAUACGUCCGUUCAUCUCAUGGUACGUCAAGCUGAUGAGACUCACUGCUGCCUUUCUAAGCCUCGCAUUCAAAUUAGUACAAUUAGUGAUGAAGAAUUUCAACAAGUAGUGGAAGAAAUCAACCACUUUUGG